CUUUUACUUUGAAAGGCAUUUUAACGGAAGUAGCUGCUGGGCGGAGCCACCGGUUUUCACUUCCUGGAUGUACCGGGCUAGCAGUGCUACACAAUGCAAAUAAUCACUUUAUUAACCUUUGUUUGUGCGUAUCUUUUCGUAGACGGCAUUAACAUUGAGGAAAACGCAGGGCAGUUCUUCAGCAGUGGUCACACAAACAACUGGGCUGUUUUGGUGUGCACGUCCAGAUUCUGGUUCAACUAUCGGCAUGUGGCCAACACGCUGUCCGUCUACAGAAGCGUUAAAAGGCUGGGGAUUCCUGACAGCCACAUAGUCCUGAUGCUGGCUGACGACAUGGCUUGUAACCACAGGAACCCCAAACCUGCCACAGUGUUCAGCCACAAGAACAUGGAGCUGAAUGUGUACGGAGACGACGUGGAGGUGGACUACAGAGGAUAUGAGGUAACGGUGGAGAACUUCCUGCGAGUUUUGACUGGAAGGCUGCCGCCCAGCACUCCCCGCUCCAAGCGCCUGCUCUCUGAUGACCGCAGCAAUAUCCUCAUAUACUUGACAGGCCAUGGUGGAAAUGGCUUUCUGAAGUUCCAGGAUUCCGAGGAGAUCAGCAAUGUGGAACUGGCUGAUGCUUUUGAGCAGAUGUGGCAGAAAAGAAGGUACAACGAGCUGCUCUUCAUCAUUGACACCUGUCAGGGUGCCUCCAUGUACGAGAGGUUCUACUCGCCGAACAUCAUGGCUCUGGCGAGCAGCCAAGUCGGAGAGGACUCCCUGUCUCACCAGCCUGAUUUAGCCAUAGGCGUCCACCUGAUGGACCGCUACACCUUCUACCUUUUGGAGUUCCUGGAAGACAUCCACCCUGCCAGCAAAACCAACAUGAAUGACCUGUUCAAAGUGUGUCCCAAGAGUCAGUGUGUGUCCACUCCAGGCCACCGUACUGACCUGUUCCUGAGGGACCCGGGAAGUGUCCUCAUCACCGAUUUCUUCGGGAGUGUUCGCAAAGUGGAGCUCACCAUGGAGACCGUCAACUUGACUGAGCACAUUAAUGAAGCAGAGGAGACUGAUGUGAAUGGAGAACUCCAAAAAGAGACUUACUCCUAUGUGGACCAGCUGCCGGUGUCUGACAUCAUCCAUCAGAAACCCAAGCAGAGAGACUGGCACCCUCCCGACGGCUUCAUACUGGGCCUGUGGACUCUCAUCCUCCUGGUGUUCUUCAAGACGUACGGCAUCAAGCAUCUCAAACACAUCUUCUGAGGCCGCUGGAGCUGUGCCGACGGGAAGCUGCGCGUCGGGAGCGGUGGUGGGAUAUUAGGAACGGAAGGUGCGAGGUGCGGUGUGUGACGGCCUCGGGUUUCCCCUGGAAAGCAGACGUGACGGCGCGACUGCUCGGCCGCGCGCUGCAGCGCUGCCUUUUACUCCACUUGAUAUGAUUUCACUGCACUGAUGACUGAUAACUGUGUGUUAUUCACUACUGGUCUUAAGGUUAUUUUUAACGAUUUUCUGGAACAAGGGACUCCCACUUUAUUUAUUUGCACGUGUCGGAGCAUCCGUUUUGUCGAGCCGUGCCACAUUUUGUGUUGAUUCGCUUAAAAAAAGAAAAAAAAGAAGGCGCUGAAUUAAAUCUGCAGAUAAGAAUUAAAUUUAUUUUGGAGAGCGCGCCGCUCUGCAUAUUUCAUCAGCAGCCUUUUUGUUUAAGUGCUACUCAGAACGUCUGCUCGGUCAGAAUGGGGAAGUGUGGGACGAGGGAGGGCUGAUUGGCUGCGAGUGGGCUGUGGAGAGAUUACUAUUUAAUGUCCCCUCUGUCCAUAUACAUUACAGCCCUUGACAGUCGUAGCACGCUUGUGAAGGAUAACAAUCGCACAUAAUCCCAUCUUGCAUGAUGGACCCAUUCACCAAAUUGCCCUCCCUGCGGAAACGUCCAUUAGCUGCUGCAGCCACGUCCGCUGCUGAUUGUGUUCCAGGUGAUGGACAGCUCUUUCCUGGCCGUCCUGCGUCCUGCACCACAGCGGUGAUGAGUGAGUGAUAACAAAGUGCAGCGUCCUGUCCCAAAUGAGCCUUCUGUACUGGGAUUCUCCCUCCUCCUGUCCAUGCAUGACGCUUAGCCGUUGCACUCAUUGUUGGGGCUGACUGAUGGUCGGUGCGUGUGGUUUGAACCGGAGCUACUUUAUCUUGGCUCCUUGGCGACCGGCCCUGACGCGGCGGCGCUGGAGAAUAUAUGGAGUUGGAGCCGGAGCGCGCGCUGGAAGCCUGUACCUUUUCCUCUGCAUUAUUUAUGCAACGCUUGUUUCCUCUCUGUUUUUGCUCCUUGUUUGUUUCCUGUGAGCCUUUUCUUCAUGCUCCCUUUGCAGUGAACAGAUUUUAUUUCCACAGUUGGUGGGAUUUUGAUACCGUGAUUAAAGGUGAAACACUGAAUCAAAGCAAA